UUCACAGAGGGCAGAGUGGUGAGAUGGCUUUAAUCCUCCUCCUCAUCCUGACGUCCCUGUGUAUUGCGGGCCGAGAGGCCCUCAGCCUAUCUGACUGCGGAGCUUAUGCCAGACGACCUGAAUACAGUGAUAUUACAGUGGUUUGUGGCACAUCUGCAAUCGACUUGGCCAUUCAAAUCUGCCCAGCAAUCUACACCGGAUACAAUGAGAGUCUACUGAUCUUAAACCGCAUCCGGAACAAUGUGGACUGUCAGGGGAUGCUGGACACCUCAGUGGCUCCUCCUGUAGUGAGAUUCAGCUUCCCCAUCAGAGAAGGAAAUGCCUGUGGAAGUAACUUCUUGACCACGAGCGCAACAGGGACGGGAAUAUUCUCCGACUUCUCCAACAUCCAGACAGUUAACGUGAGCGGGGUGGUCCGAUCCUUCGACCCCACCAUCGGCACCAUCACCUACAAUGCAGAGCUCAAGUAUUACUACUCUUGUGCUUAUCCGCUGGAGUAUCUCAUCAACAACACUCAGGUGGACGUGUCAUCCGCCUCCAUUGCUUUGAAGGACAACAAUGGGAGCUUCAUCAGCACCCUCAGCAUGACUUUAUACCAGGAUAUAAAUUACACCAUCCCCCUCAUCAUGCCACCUCGGGGCAUCGAACUGAGGAAGAAUGUCUAUGUGCAGGUGGUUGCAUCCAAUCUGACAUCGCAGUACUUUGUUCUUCUGGACCGGUGCUACGCCUCGGUGUCUUCGCAGCCCUCCAACUCCACCUCCUUUAAUCUUUUUGUCUCGUGCUCCAUAGAUCAGCUCACCACCAUGCUGGAGAAUGGGGACAGCCAGAAGGCUCGUUUCUACUUCCCAGCGUUCCGCUUCAUCGAGCAGCAGAACGAGACCAUCUCCACCUACUAUCUGCACUGCAUCACCCGACUCUGCGAGCAGAGCACCUGCAGCACCUUCAAGCAAUGCAACAGGAACAAGAGGAGCGUGGAGACCACUGUUGUCCAAGAUAGUGUCACUAAGCCGUCUGUGCUCACAGUUGCUAUAAAGGCCAAGACACAGGACUCCAUUCUCUCCAAAGAAGAGGCGCUGUCUGCUGGCCAGUCUGAUGGCAGGGGCGCCUCUGUUGGCCUGGGGAUUGCUGUGGCCGUCCUCGUUGUGAUAGGGGUGGUGGCCAUUUUGAUGGCGACGACUUUUUAUCGAAAACUGAAGCGGCUAAGCUAGCAGUAGCUCGUAAUGUACAUGAAGUGAGGUCAGCGCAGGCUAAAUGGCAAUGAUGAGUUUGACAGGGUGACAUUGACAUUCGGGUGGAGGUGCAUAAUGUAUGUAUGUAGUACUCUGCUGUACUGAAUCAAACUAUUGAUCGGAGCACUUAAUGUUUCUUCCCAAUCCUUCACAGACUAUGGAAGGUGACGUCUGAAUAAUUCACCUAUCAUGAUGCUAUGCAUGUUAAAAAGAAAGAAAGAAAGAAAGAAAGAAAGAAAGAAAGAAAGAAAGAAAGAAAGAAAGAAAGAAAGAAAGAAAGAAAGAAAGAAAGAAAGAAAAAGAAAUGUAGUUGUUAUCUUAAAGGAAUACUUUUACAUUUUGGGAAAUAUAUUUAUUUGCUUAUCCUAUUUGGAGCAUAAUAGUGCAGAUUUUUUGAGAAAAUUAAGUAGGAAUGUUACAGGUGCUGCUAAGUAAACUACGCCUUUAGACUAAACUAACUAGCAACAUGUAUUAGUCUCAUCUAAAUCUCUGCAGUGACGUAAAUAAACAUAUUUCCCACAAUGUCAAACUGUCCCUUAAAGUUACAGCUGGCAUCUAAGCCAAAGAAAUGCUGCAAUAAAUUUAAAUAUUCACAUUUUUUGUCAUUAAAUUUUGACUCAGCGUGUAAAUAUUAUUUGAUUUAAGUACUCAGACGUCUUGUUUCUUUGGACAUUUAAAUAAAAAUCUACAUCUGUGUAUGAAUCAUAAACAUGACUGACAGAGACAGUGGACUGUAACCAUUUCUACUCUGCGUGUGAUGGUUUUGCAAGCCAGAUCUGACAUGUUGCAUGUUAUAUGUAGAAACGCAUGUGUAAUUAAUUAAAUUCUAGAUGCAAAAUAAUGUGUGCCAUUACCCUGCAUUCUGUUGGUCACACAGACAAUGAGGAUUCAUUUAAACGGAUCUGAAGGUAGCACACAAAAUGCAGCAAAGCAAGAGAUUAAAUGGGUAACUGUAAUAAUUUAUUUGCCAAAUUUGCUUGUUUGAAUUUUGUAUUCAAGCCUGCAUUUUACCAGGGGACUUUACUUAGUUUAAUACUUGUAAUAAUUAUGUAAUAUAUACUUUGGUGAUUGCUGCUGUGUAUAUUUGUGACAUUUUUGUCUUCAUGUCAAGCAUGCAUUACUAUUAAAGCUUGCAGGGUGUGAAGAGGUUUUGUCUUCCAACAGCAGACGCUCACCUGCAUUCAAACGUAUAUUAUGCAUGCUGUGAACUGCAGUCCUGUGCUAGAGUGCAUCUUAUAGUUCACAUCAAAACAAUUCCUGACAUACAUAUCAAAGAUUAUCUGCAGCUGAAGGAAAUGGAUUCAAGAAGAGGAGUAAAACCUGGCGCGCACACACACACACACACACA